GCGGCUCUGACGACUGCCGGGGGAGGCGCCGCCGCCGCCGGCCUUGAGGGGCCGCGCGGGGAGCAGAGUGUGUGAAGACAAGCCUGUUCACACAGCGUCCAGCAGUCGUUCCACAGAGAGCAUCUGACCCCGCCGGAAGUGUGUGAUGCAGCCUCCUCCACAGGCAGGGGCAGGGGGCCCGCCUCCCCCCGCGACGUCACGGCACAUGUACUGGCGGAACGGCCCCUUGGGCCGACGGCCAAACGCACCUGUCUCCGCAGCCCCCGGGCCAGUGCAGCCAGUGAGAGACCCAUUUGCCUUCGGCAGGCAACCCCCACAAGGCUCUCCGUUAGGCCACGCGACCAAAGGGGACCCCCCCCUUGCACCAGGUUUCCCCCCUAUGGCAUUCCCCCCCCCUGCUCUCCCCCACGCUCCUCAGUCACACAGCGGGGAAAACUCUCGCAGCACGGACUUGUGCCUGCCAGCACCCGCGUCUCAGCCUGGAGGAAGCCGCGCAGCUCCAAGCGCUGCAGCCCCCCCACUGUCCUCGCCCGCACAUCGGACCAACAGCACCGAGGCGCAUUCGGGUGUUGAGCACGGUGCCCACAGCCCUGUGGGGCAGACUGGUUGCACGGGGGCCACUCUGGAGAAUUCUCUCUGGGGACCCCAAGGCUCGGCUUCUAUGCCAGAUCGGCCAGUGAGCGGACAAGAGAUGAAUAGGAACGCGGGCCAUGCCUGUUCAACACCCACGCCUUUGCCCGUCAUCCCUCCUGGCCAACAAAUGGUACCUCAGUGGAUGCCCGCUCAGAGUAGCUCACAGCCCCAGGCACAUGCUUUUUCUCCUUACUCAGAGCCCCUCUCACAAAAUGCCUUUUAUGCUCAGUCCACACUUGGCAUUUCCCAGCCAGCACCGCACAUGACCCCCCAACAGAGCCCUGCGCAGCCGUCUGUUGUCCAAAAUGCCACGCAAGCUCCGCUGAUACUUGGGGAUGCGUCCAGUGCAGCUGCCUCCCAGCAGAGCCCCUGGCGGAAUGUGGGAGGAGCGAGUCCCUGGCCUGUCCAGCUUCCGCAGGAGCACUUCUACUUGCAGCCCCUUGAGGCCUCCCAUCCCUCCAGCAAUGCAGCUGCUCAGGAAAAUAGCCCAUUGGCCUCAAACCGCAGCCUGUCUGAGACAGCAGGUGGGCAUUGCCCGGCCGAUAUGGAUGCAGGGACAAUCUCCAUGUUUUUCAAAGGGGAUGAGGCCGAAAACGAGGAGAUCCUUUCCUCUGAGCUGACUGAGCAGACCGGCAAGGCGGACAGCGAUGCUUUCCAGCAGACGAUGGGACAUACAUAUUAUCAGCCGCUGCACGCGCACCAGGUCCCCGCAGCUCCCUUCCCUCCAGCACAGGCUAGUCUGGCUGAGGUUUUACCAAAGGAUGCCCAGCAGUCCUUCCGAACGAGGGCCAUGCAGCAGGACACCCAGGCUGAUCCUGCCUUUGCUCACGAGGACCGAGCUGGUCUCACUGAACCCGGCAACCGCGGUGGUCCUCAGUACGAAAAUGUUGAAAACCAGGAGUGUGUCCAGAAUCAGGAGGUUUUGCCCAACGAGCCACUGGCUCGAAGCUGUCCAUCUCCAGGUGCCGUGGAUGCAAGCAGGUACGCGUCGCUGCUGGGGCCCUCGCUUUCGAAGACCGGCCACGUGACUCCCCUGGAAGGAGGCCCCAACCUGGAGGCCCCCGAUGCCUCGCCUCGCCCCACUCGGCCCGACAGUGUCUCAUCCAGCUACAGCGGCCUGAGCCACAGGAGCGCCUCGGGUUCGGCCUGGCCACAAGAGCUGGGCACCUUCAUCCAGCAAGAGAGGGGGAGACCCGAGGCGGAGCCUUCCCUGGGCUUCUUCCAGCAGAUUGACUCAUCCCCUUUGGGAGGUGGCGCUGCUGACCACAACCCGGGCAAAAGUUACCAUCGCAGUCUCUCUCAAGCACCCACCCCAAGCCCCCCGAAGCCGAUGGGGGUGUUUCAGACCAGCGCAAACAGCUCGUUUGAGCCGGUCCGGUCCCAUGGGCUGGGCAUCAGGCCUCCCGAGGCUGACCAGGCGAAGGUGGUCGCUGAACUGCGGGAGAAUUGCCCUGGCCCACGGAGCACCAAGAAGACCCCCCCCAGUUUUGUCUCUCCGGGAAAUCUGGAGCAGCCUCCCGAUAACCUGGAGACUUGCUUUCUGCCCCAGAGCCACCCUUUGCCUCUGACCAUUGCGGGCACGGCUGGAAAUGCGCUGCAGGCCGUGGGUGGGGCUGUGAUGGAAAACAUGCCGUCGGCGCCUGAGAAGAGAGCCUUGGCCCGGGCCCAGGGGGUCGCCAAAAAGUGUGAGAGUCCAGCCACGACUCUUUGGGCGCACAGCGAGCUGCCCAACUUUGGGGGCAACGUGCUGCUCGCCCCAGCUGCUCCCACGGUGUAUGUUCCAGCCAAGCCUGCAGCGGUUCACGUCGUCCAGCCCCCAGAAGAAGGGCUGCCUGAGCCGCAGACGGGCCAGCCAGGCUCUGCCCCCGCCGCACUGCCUCCAGCUGCAAACGUCUCUUCGGAGAACUUGGAGAACCCUCCCAAAAUGGGGGACGAAGAGACGGGCUGCUCCCAGGCGAGUUCGGGUUACGCAAGCCUCCUUUCCUCUCCGCCCACGGAGGCACUGCAGAACCAGCCAGUCCUGAUUGCCCAGCCGCCAAGUUGCAGCUUGGCUCAGCCACUCAGUUUCUCGCUUGCAACUCAACUGAGCAGGAGUGAAAAGGAUCCUUCUGUGAAAGAUCCGGGCAUCAGCAGCAAGCCAUUGCUGGGAGUGCACGGCAGCGGGAACCCUCCCGGUGAAAACACGCUGUCGCCCAGCCCUCUGGUCCAUGCGCCUGCCGCACCGGCACUCUCGAACACUAACCUUCCCCAGGGCCCCCCCAGUGCUUCGGAAAGAACUUGCGGUCCACCUCCAAAUUCGCUGGCAGAGCCUGCCUCGCAGGGGCCGCUGGACUUGGCUCCGGAGAGCAAAAGGGGCACUGGGUUGGAAGGGCUGCCUCCCGAAUGUGCUAGCCAGCCCCGGGCUGCUCCCUCAGGCGCCCGAGGCGGCGCAGCUGUGGGCGUGGGCAGCCUGGGGCCUGUGGGAGGGACCAGUCACCGAAGUAAGAGCAAUUCGGAUGGUCAGGAGCCGCCCCGAGCACUUGAUUUUGCGGCUGCCAAGCCCCCGGAGCCUGGUGGCUUGGGAAGCUACACCCAGGGGCCCAGCUCAUCAUUCACUAAUCAGUGGGGGGGGCCUCACCUGCCUGGCCACAUGGCUCCAUCAGCUCCCGGGGCUCCCGGCCCACAGCAUUUCUAUCCACAGGUAACGAAAGACAGGCAGUCUCCCAUGCCGCUGGACAGAGCCACAUCCUUGCAGCACCCAGCGCAGACUGCUUUGCCAUCGCAGGGCAUGGCACCCCAGCUGCUGCCAGCUUCAUCAAAUCCCCCGGCACUUCCGGGAAACAGCCCUACUCAAGCCGCGAGCCAGAGGCUCUGCCCAGCGGGCCCCUCUGAAGCAAAUUCCGCACAGCUGCCAGCGAGCUGUGCUCAAGCUCCUGCCCAUGACAAGCAGGCAGCCCCUGGCCCACCGCCUGCCUCCACAGCCCUGAGUGCUGGUCAGCCGGCUCGGCCCCCCUCGCAGCAAGAACAGGCACCCCCUCAGCCUUCUCAGAAUGCCUUCGUUCCACCACCUAACCCAUACUACUACUACCGGAACCCUUUCGACGCCUACUCGUCUGCAUAUGCACCUCCUUAUCCUCCCAUGGAUCCCCGAACGGCUCACCUUUACUACCAGGAUAUGUAUGGCCAAUACGACCCGUCAUACCAGCAGUACGAGAAUGCCGCCGCGUAUCCUGGAAGUUACCGGCACGUGGAGCCCGAGCGGCCCAGCUCCAGGGCGAGCCAUACCUCCGACAGACCUCCAUCAAGACAAGGAUAUCCCGAGGACUACUACAACCCUAAAAGUGGAUGGAAUGAGUACUACACAGACUAUUAUGCCCCCAGUUAUGCAGAUUCCAGCCGUUAUCAAACAAUGUACGAUGCCUGGUACAGAGACCAAAGGUACUGGUAUGACCUGGAACAGAACCCCUACCAAAAGAGGGAGCCCUAUGCGCUGAGGAACAGUCACGAUCACCAUGACGACUACUGGCACUAUGACCCUCGUUAUGUGGGCGGCUUUGAGGACGAGCUGGACUCCCGCCGGGACCCCUAUGGGGAUGACUUUGACCGGCGCAGCAUCCACAGCGAGCACUCCGGCCACAGCUUGCACAGCUCCCACAGCAUCCACAGCCGCCACAGCAGCUUCAGCUCUCGUUCCCAGCAGAGCCAGCUGUAUCGAAGCAACCAUGACCCAGCAGCCAGUGGCUAUGACACCGACCCCCAGCCUCCCUCGCUGCACGCAGACUAUGCCUCUGGCAGAUAUGCCCAGUAUGCCAGCCCGCCAUCUUUGACUGGUUAUAACCACGCUGCCUGGCCAGCUGCAGAACAAGUGCCCUCGAGGCCGCUGACACCGGAGAAGUUUUCUGUGCCUCAUGUCUGUGCAAGGUUCGGUCCUGGAGGUUACUUGAUAAAAGUCCUACCAAACCUGCCCUCUGAGGGGCAGCCGGCUUUGGUCGAAGUGCACAGUAUGGAGAUGAUGAUGCAACAUUCUUCAGAACAAGAGGAGAUGCGCAAGUUCCCCGGCCCUCUCAUCAAAGACGAGACCCACAAAGUUGACGUGAUAAAUUUUGCCCAGAGCCAAGCGACACGGUGCAUGCAGAACGAGAUGCUGAUCGACAAGGAGUCUGCCCGGCUGCUCUGGGACUUUGUCGUUCUUUUGUGCAGGCAGAAUGGGACCGUGGUGGGCACUGAUAUCGCAGAGCUGCUGCUGCAGGAGCACAAAACCGCGUGGCUGCCGGGCAAGCCACCGGUCGAGGCGAACCUGAUUGACUUCACCAGCGAGGCUGUGGAGCAGGCGGAGGAGUCUGGGGAGGCGCAGCUGUCCUGCCUCACUGGCAGCCUCACUGCCGCCACCGACAGCCUCGAGAAGGAGACGGAGCGCUUCCGGGAGCUCCUGCUGUACGGCCGCAAAAAGGACGCUCUGGAAUCUGCCAUGAAGCACGGGCUCUGGGGCCAUGCUCUGCUGCUUGCCAGUAAGAUGGACAGCAGGACCCAUGCCAGAGUGAUGACCAGAUUUGCCAACAGCCUUCCCAUCAACGACCCGCUGCAAACAGUGUACCAGCUGAUGUCUGGCAGGAUGCCCGCAGCAUCCACGUGUUGUGGAGACGAAAAAUGGGGUGAUUGGAGACCCCACCUGGCCAUGGUCCUGUCCAACUUGACGAAUAACACAGACGUGGAGUCGAGAACAAUCAUCACCAUGGGCGACACACUUGUUUCAAAAGGCCUCCUGGAUGCUGCACACUUCUGCUACUUGAUGGCUCGAGUUGGAUUUGGGGUGUACACAAAGAAAACAGCCAAGCUGGUGCUGAUUGGCUCCAAUCACAGCUUGCCCUUUUUAAAGUUUGCCACCAAUGAAGCCAUUCAAAGGACAGAAGCCUAUGAAUACGCGCAGUCACUGGGGACUCAGCCCUGCUGCCUGCCCAGCUUCCAGGUCUUCAAGUUCCUCUACGCUUGCCGACUCGCUGAGAUGGGGCUCUCUGCACAAGCGUUUCAUUACUGCGAAGUGAUAGCGAGAACCAUCCUGAGGAAUCCCCACUGCUACUCCCCUGUUCUGAUUGGGCAGGUGAUCCAGAUCUCCUCUCGGUUACGGCUCUUCGACCCUCAGAACAAAGAGAAACCAGAGCAAGAGCUAUUUAUUGAGCCUGAUUGGUUACUGCAGCUCCGAAUCUUGGAUGGACAGAUUAAGGAGGGCGCUCUCACGUACCACACAGACAGGUCCACACCGCAGCAGCACGCCUGCUGCUCACCGGGCUCCGAAGUGGGCCGCAUCAGUCCAAACGAGGGCACGGGUCCCAGCCAGGAAAUGAACUCGGGCCCUGACAACCCACUCUUCGCCUCUUUGCUGCCUCCAAAUAUGGGACACCCAGUGCAGAGUGUCCAGCUGAUGCCUUCAGCUCCCCAGGCCAUUCUUGACAGCUCAGCCACCACCGCAUCAUCUCCCCAUCAAGAGUCCGCCGGUCCAGUUCCAUUCUACCCCACAGCCCCUACCUCUGUGGGGCCUGGAACUGGCUUUCCAAACCCCUAUGCAGCUGAACACAGCCCCGUGUAUCCAGGGACAAUGCCGCCCCCAGCAGGCCUGACACCUGAAGCCAUCCAGCUUCAGCCACAGGAGCAGUUCAAUCAGGAAGCAGCAGCGCAAUGCAGCCUUCCGGAGUCUCCCUCUUGGAAAUCCGUGCCUGAACCCAGAGAGGACGACUUCUAUGGGAGGAUGGCGAGCAUGGGCCCAGGCCGGCAAUCGAGAACUACCUCCCAGUCUUCAGCCCACAUGGCGCAGGGCUUUGGGCAGCGGUCCCGGACCACCUCGGAAUCCUCCGUGCAUUCCGUUGGACGUGAGAGGCGGAAUUCUGCAGCCCAGCAGCCCUCUCCACCGCCACCAUCGAUCCCGGAGGGGAAGGAAACCAAACAAGAAACCAGAAAGGAACCGGCACCACAAAAGAGUGGGACAAGGUGGCUCAGCUGGCUGAUGGGGAAAGGCCGGAAUGAAGCUCACCUCCCUGAUGAUAAGAACAAAUCCAUUGUUUGGGACGAAAAGAAACAACGGUGGGUCAACUUAGAUGAACCAGAAGAAGAGAGCAAGCCUCCGCCUCCGCCCCCCACAGGGUUCCCCCAGGUUCCUCAGGCCACUCCCUCUGGGCCAGGAGGGCCUCCCAACGCCACCAUCAACAUGUUCUCCAGGAGAGCAGCGGGAAACAGAUCUCGAUAUGUCGACAUCCUGAAUCCCAGCGGGGCUAAACCGCCUGGGGCUGCCCCUGCCCCCUCCGACCUCUUUGCUCCACUGGCCCCGAUGCCUGUCCCAGCAAACCUGUUUGUUCCAAACCCAGCGCUGGAGCAGCAGCAACCUCUGGAGGGCGCUGUGCCGGAGGAGCAAGUUGCGCCAGGGAAGGAGCCCGGCCCUGGAGCAGCCACGGACGUUCCUUACCUAAAUUCUGCCACGUUUCCACCCGCCUCUGAGCUCCCUCCGCCGAAUCCAGAGGGGUCCCAGUCUGGCGAGCUUUCGCGCUCUAGUUCAAUGAGCUCAUUGUCACGUGAAGUAAGCCAGCAUUUUAAUCAGGCACCUUUAGGAGGACCCCCAACAGGAGCGGUCCAGUUCUACAACCCAUCCCACUUUGCACAGCCCGCUGCAGCUCCAGGAAGUUCGCGACUCAGCAGAAUGGGGCAGAGGAAAUACCCUACCCUCAAAUAGCAUUCAGCAAAUGUAUAAUCCGGGCCCACGAUGCAUGGAUUUACCAGGACAACUCAAGCUCCUCUGGUGCAGGCAAACCAUCCUCUCCCACCUCGAGAGAACGAUCGAUUUGUGUCAGUUUUCCACUGAGGCUGCGGCAGAAAUGUCGGCUGGAGUGUUCUUACUUCAGAAGGAAUGGAAAGCUUUGGUGCAAUGGGAAUGAACGAACUCAAACUGAGAGCAGGGAAGCUGUUUCCCUCCUUUGGCUGGUUUUACUAGCAUUCAGAUACUCCAGUGAUUCAUGAUUUCCUUCAGGACAUAUAGGGAGUGCACCUCACCUUUUUAAUGUUACAGUUAGUGGCCUUACAAGGAUUGGGGCCCAGUGUUUAAGCAUUAAACCACCUUGUUGAGUUUAUUGCUUGUUUGAAGCAUUUGAUAUUUGGCUGGGAUUUUCUUUCCCAAUUCAUCUUCCCCUCCGCCUCCUGGGAGGGGCUGAACUAGCUUAUCCAAACAGACAGAUGUACAGCGAAGGCUGGGGCUGGUGGGGCAGGGACAAAACAAAACUGUGAUCUGUAAUCUAAAAUUUAAUUGGAAAUGGAAUUUCUUUAGUUUGUAUGUAGUUUGUGCUGAGGCUCCUUGUAAAGCCAACUGUAUAGUCCAAAACAGAAGCUCUCUGUAUAAUAGGCAGACUGUACUCUUCUGAUGGGCCUUCUGGAAGUGCCCUGCGGCGGCUCCUCCAUGCUCGCUCUUUCUCUCAGUCUUAGACUCCUAAGUUCAGGCACUUACCAGCUCACAAGCAUUCUGCAUUGGGGGUUUUUUAAAGUGUAGCAUUGAGUUAGUUUCUUCUCUUCUGCCUCAAAUUUCCUACAUUAUCAAAUUGACAGAGAUCUCACUUUGGUAACCAUCACAGUGCUACAAAAUUUGAUCAGAUUUAGAUUCAGCCAAGUCUCUCCAGUGACGGCCAUGAAACUCGUUUUAGCUCAAGGCAGGCAGUUCCCCCAAACCUUUCAUGAGACAUUGUGUUCACAUCUACAAUCUGCUAAGAGGAGACCUACAUAUUUAAGUCAGGUUUGCUUGGACAGAGCCGCUGCCACCAGUACUGCUCAUGGAUAGAAGCAGCGUCAAGGUGAGCUUAUUUGUGGUGUCCCUUGAUACUCUCUGUGGGUGGAUCCCCACAAUCUGUCAUCUGGGGCGCCUUAAAUCUAUGGCAGAGGGAUUGUGUUAGGAGGAAUUGCCAGCAAACUGCAAACAAGUCAGGAUUCAUCCUGGCGGUCCUUCGCCUGGGGCCUUAGGGGAGAGGUGGGGUUUCCCCUCUUAAACUUUCACUCUGCCCUCCACAUAGACUGCUAAACAAGAGUGUUUCCAUGGCACAGGAAGUGUCCCCUGUCCUAAAUAGUAGAAUUGACACUGUACAUUCUUAAAUAAAUAUUUUGCGCUCUGGAGCACUUUUUCACA